AUGGACAUACGAAAGUGGCUAGACGAGACAGUGCAACCGGAAGCACCGCGCGAGCCCAAUAACCUUCAUCAGACCGCAGAGCCUGCUAAACGGAAGCGCCGCCGCAGAUCAGACAGCUCCCUCCUCGAUCCCCGUCCACUUGCAUCCUCUCCGCAUAAGCCAGCGGAGGAUAGUGCUGACGAGGCGCUCCAGGCGACAUGCAGCGACAGCUCUAGCAGCAGCCGAUAUGCGCGCAAACCUCGUAGAAAGACGCGUCCAGAGCGGUAUGAGCCACAGUAUGCGCCAGGUCCCCAUGCCCAUCGCGAUCGUAAGGACAAAUCAAAGAAGUCGCGACGCAAGCCUCGACGCAAGAAGGGCGAGAAGGCACCUGGUGUUAUGCCGACCUUCCAGGCCACGAACAUAUCUGGAGAUCGGCUGACCUUGAAGCCACGCGAGCAGCUAGGUCUCUUCAACAAGGGACGGACAUCUACUGCAAUCAAGGGUCGCGGAUUGCCCGAUCUGGUCUUCUCGGAAAUGAAGUUCUUGCAGCAGCACAAAGACGAACCAGAGCCUGUCCCUCGAACCGACGCGUCCAAAAAGAAACGCAAGAAGGACAAUGAACAGAUGAAGGAAGGAGAGAUCUCCGCUUUCUUUACCUCAGCACGACCGGCAUUAGUUGACAAGGACACAAACACUCUACCGCAGCUUCCUGUACCAAAAGCUAAGCGGCGUCGUCGUGAUCAAUCCUCGGUAGAUGACACUGCUAUCCCAACUGUUGAGGCUACAGGCCAAGCCUCGUAUCUAGGUUUUGGAGGCAGAGGCCCUCGCCAUGAAAGUAAUAGCUACGUUUCCUGUUCGCGCGACCUAGACCUUCAUGCUCAGCAGGGUCCCACUGUACGCUUCGCGGAUCAGUCUCAUGAUAGACCGGUGAUCCCAAAUUUUGCUGGCCCGAGCAUCUACGAACAACAAGCACAGCGUCAGCGAUCCCAUAUGCAAUGGGAUCGCGAAGAAGAACCUCUCCAAAGUCAAUACCAUUUCGAAGAAAACUACCUAGACCAAGGAAAUCAAAUGGAAUACGACGACGGGAUGGAGCAUGAUGACGAGAACUGGGGCGGGCUUCUAGAAGAGCCCCUGUCGUGUAGCCUUGAUAGUGAUCCUGACAUAUACGGCGGUAUCGAAGCACACCCCGGAACUGAGAUUGAGCUGGUCCAGGAUACAAGACCAGAAAACGAUACGGUGGCUCCUGGAUUUUGGCGGCCGAAUAAACUGUACUGA